AGGGACAGAUAUGCCUCCUUGUAUUUUCAUACUUCUACCUUCUUCUACCAUCGUUGUGGUCGCGUCACCUGUUAACAGAAUGUCUGAUUUAUACUUUGCACCAGUCACACAUCUGACCUCAUUUAUCUUUCUCUGAAAACUGAAAUAUUCCUCAACACAACUUGUAUAACUUGUAUCAUGACUAUAGCCUUCGUCCGCCUCAGACUGAUCAUCUCAUCGCCGGGGGCCACUGGCUCUCUGAGAAUGACGCCACCCUCCCUUAGAGUAGAGGUCACAUCCCAGAAGCUCGAGUCAUGAGGCUGCGCUGGAAGCAGUAGAGAGAACCCCCGGGUGCAAAUGUUAAGCAUUACUGUACGCUUCACCGAAAAAGAAGGAAAGUCAUUGGCUGUAAGUCUCCUCCUCCUCCGGGCUCUCCCAUUGCCCGGUGGACUCCUGACCUGGGACUGCUUCAUGCAGGAUCAACACACCUCAGUGUGCGGGGUGAACACCAGGACUGUUGCAGCUCAACAUGACGUCCAUGCCAGAUCUGAUCAGGAAGAAGAGAGACGGAGGAGCGCUGAGUGGAGAGGAGAUCCGAACCUUCAUCCGCUGCGUCACAGACAAAACAAUCGAGGAAUGUCAGACCGGGGCCAUGCUGAUGGCCAUCUGGCACAAGGGAAUGGUCCAAGAGGAGAUCCAGGCCCUGACCCGGGAGAUGAUGUCAUCGGGGGAAGUGAUGUCAUGGCCAGACGAGUGGGCGGGGCUGGUGGUUGACAAACACUCGACGGGAGGAGUUGGAGAUAAAGUCAGUCUGGUGUUAGCGCCCGCGCUCGCCGCCUGUGGCUGCAAGGUGCCCAUGAUCAGUGGGCGGGGCUUGGCUCACACGGGAGGGACUCUGGAUAAGCUGGAAUCGAUUCCAGGAUUCCAAGUCGACCAGCCGACGUCUAAGAUCCUGGAGAUCCUGCACUCUGUGGGCUGUUGCAUUGUGGGUCAGACGGAGUCGUUGGUUCCUGCGGAUGGAGUCCUGUAUGCUCGGCGGGACGUCACCAGCACCGUGGACAGCCCGCCCCUGAUUGCUGGAUCCAUCAUCUCAAAGAAAGGAGCCGAGUCGCUCAAUGCUCUGGUUCUGGAUGUGAAGUUUGGACGAGGUGCUCUCUGUAAAGACCUGGACAGCGCUAGAGAACUAGCACAGUUAUUAGUGAGCGUGGGGAAGGGCCUGGACAUGCCUACGGCCGCCGUCCUCAGCCGGAUGGACUCUGUGAUUGGUCGAUUUGUGGGCAACAGUCUGGAGGUGAUGGAGUCCCUGGAGACGCUGAAAGGGAGAGGCCCCGCCGACCUGAUGGAGCUGGUCACCACUCUGGGCGGCGUCUUGCUGCAGAUGACUGGCAUGGCGUCCGACGAAUUGGAUGGCAGAAGGCAGAUUUUUGAUGCUGUGAAUGGUGGAGCUGCGCUCGCCAAGUUCCAGGCCAUGAUGGAGGCUCAGGGCGUGGCCAGUGAGACGACUCUGAUGCUGUGCUCCGCCCAUGCGGAUUACCACACCGUCCUGGGGAAGUCCCAGCAUCAGAUGGAACUGGAGACGCUAGCAGAUGGUGUCGUCGUGGAUGUCUGCGGUUUGACGUUGGCUAAAGUUCUUAAUGAAUUGGGGGCGGGGCGAUCGACAGCAGAUGGACCUAUCAAUCACAGCGUGGGGGCGGAGCUACUGGUGUCGCUGGGUCAGAGGGUCAGCAAAGGUGAGUCCUGGCUACGGCUCCAAUACGAGUCUCCGCCUCCGAGUCCAGACCAGAUCAGUCGCCUGCAGAGCGCACUGGCUGUGGAAGAAUGUGGAAACUAUGAAGUGAAGGCUUUGGUGGUGGAAGUGUUGCUGCCUUAAUGACACGUCUUCAUACUUUUGUUCCGUCUGUCAAUUUUUGCUCGGUACGUUAUAAAAAUAAAAACAUUUGGCAGACUUUGUUUUUUUAA